AUGGGGGUGCGCUGCGAUCAAGCUGUGCGUGGCAAGCAAUCGCCCGGCAUUGUUCGCGGCCGUUUUGCGUGGGUAAGCUACGGGAAAAUUUUCCGGUUCCGACGUGGUGGCAUUUCCGUCUUUCCGGUGGCAGACGAGGUGGCGCCGACAAGGCCGGAAACUAGAGGCUGGAUCAUGGUGGACCGGCGAAUGGCGUACGAGGCGUACAGGAAGCGGACGGAAAUACCUAGGGGACUCGACUAUUUGACCGAACGUCUGGUCCGAGCCGUCAUCCGAGUGCAACCGAAAAACGUCCACGAAUUCGCCGCCCAGUUUUUCGACGGUCUUUUGCAACAACGCGACCAUGGUAAGUACCUACACUCUACAGUAUGA